CGCUCCCCGUCCCGCCCUCCCGCCGGGGCCGCGAUGGCCGCGCGGGACUGUGCGGGCGCUGCCGGGGCCGGGGGGCGCCGCGGGCUGCUCUGGGGCUGCCUGGGCGUGGGGGCCGUGCUGGCUCUGCAGCUCGUCUCCGCCACCGGCCUCUUCGUCUACUUCUCCAUGGCCAUCGCCAAGCUCAAAGCCCAGGUGCCGGGGAGCACAGAGGAGCUGCGGUGUCUGCAGGUGAUCAGUCAGCAGCAGGAUGGCUCCAGCCUGGAGGAGCUGAUCAGCAACCAGUCCUGCCUCAAGCUGGCCAACACCAUCAAAGCCUACGUGGCCACGGUGACAGAGAACGUUAUUCACAGGAGUGCGGUGAAGGAGGCCCGGCGGAGCUCCUUCAACAUCUCGGAGGGGCAGGUUCUCCGCAGAACAAUGGGCAAGCCCUCGGCGCAUCUCACCCUCCGUGCACAGGGCCUGGCCGAGGACGGAAACUCCAAGCCCUUUGGGAACCUCUCCCAGUCCUGCCGCCACGCCAUCUCAUACUGGGAAGACAGCACCAUCCACUCGCAUCUGCAGAACAUCACCUACCGCGAUGGCCGGUUGCGAGUCAACCAGGCAGGCAAGUACUACGUCUACUCCCAGAUCUACUUCCGCUACCCCAGUGCCGGGGCCAACACCAGAGUCUCCGUCCCACAGCUCGUGCAGUGCAUCAACUGGAAGACCUCCUACAGCCAGCCCAUCCUCCUGCUCAAAGGGGUUGGCACCAAGUGUUGGGCGCCUGAGGCGGACUACGGGCUCCACGCACUCUACCAGGGCGGGCUGUUUGAGCUGAAGGCUGGCGAUGAGCUCUUUGUCUCCGUCUCCUCCUUGGCCAUCGACUAUAAUGAUGCAGCAGCCAGCUACUUCGGGGCCUUCCGGCUCGACCUGUGACAGCCGCCUCGGCCUCCCACCUUCCCUGCCAUCCGCUCUCCCGCAGCAGCUAUUCCAAGCCACCCCCAGCCCAGUGGCUGGGGCAGGGACAUGGCAUGGGGUCCUCUCCUGCCUGUGAUGACCCUUGCAGUAAGGGAUGAGCCAGAGAAGGGCACGGGGGAUGGCCUCCUGCAGGGACUUGCGGUGCUCAGUGCCACAUGGAGCUCGGCUCUCCAUUGCAUGAGGGGUGGUCCACUGGUGACGUGCAUGAGGGAGGAUGUCCCAGCUGCUUCACCUCCCCAAGGAGGUCCUGCUGCAGGAAAGGCACCAGGGUCGCAUCUAGAACUGCAAGACAAAGCAUCUCCAUGGCAGGAUGACCCUUGGCGAGUUGGACCUCACGGCCCGCUAGGCUGUGGGUGCCCGGGGACUCCAAGGCAGAAACUAGGGUUGGCAGAGGGCAGCGGUGCCAGGAGCGCAGGCACAGGGCUGACACCCCGGGGCAAAGCUCGCCGGGAUAGCCCGCAGGUACGAGAAAGCUUCAACAUCAGCUUCUGAGAAGGAUUUGAAGAGUUUGGGCUAAUUAGAAACCUGGAGUGAUGCCAACGAUCCGCUUUGGGCGGUCAAAGAGCAGGACCGGCGAGUAAUCACCAGCCCAAGCUACCGCACCUGGGCACGUGGCAGGGAGGCACAUUAUGCCCGAGCUGAGCUGCACAGGACCAUCCGGCCAGGAGCUUGCUGUGACAUCCCUUGAUUCUGACGAAGCAUCUCUUUCCUUGGGGGUUUUGGUCCUUCCAGCGCUGUUGGGCCACAUGAUUGCUCACAUUUAGCUGGAGCAAGGAUUGCAGGAGGUGGGUGAGCAUCGGCAGGGACCCAGGAGGGACAAUACCGGCCCCUCGGCGUUCAAGGCCAUGGCAGAUGCCAAAAGAGGGAUCGAGCAGGCCGGAGCGUGGUCACGCUGGCUCAACCCACGGACGCUGGGCUGGACACAGCCCCUCUUUGUAAUUCCCUGUAUACACUCUGUAUCAUAUGAAGACUGUUUGUAUGGACAGGAUGGCAGCGUCAGCUCCCACGAAGGAUGCAAAGCACCCCCUGUGCCGGUGCGGCAAACGGGGGGCUCACAGUGCUGAUUUAAAUAAAACCUCUUGGAG